AUGUCAGCCGAACAGGCGCAAUUGGGCAGGCGUUUGUAUUAUCAGCUUCGGGUGGCUCAGGCGGCGAAGGAAAACCCCGGCGUUAAUAUCCAAACCCUUGCCAACGCCACCGGGGAUCCCAGAAAGGAGGACGACCCUGUUUUUCAGGCAGUCCAGAAAGCGAAGAAACAUUCCGCCCCUCCUAGCUACGCGCGUUGUUUUCGAUGUGGACGCGCAGGGCAUUACAGCACAACAUGCUAUGCGCAGGUAAAAAAGACGCCGUUUAAGCCAAAAAAACGAUUAUCGGACACGGAAGCAAUGAAAUCCAGAGCCGGGAAAGCAUUGAAAUCUUUACCGAGUGGCUCGGUUGCAGCUGGGUUGCCGGGGAACGGGCAAUUCUCCGCGGGAGGGGGCCUGCACGCCACCCCUAGAGGCUAG